AUGAAGAGGAAGCAUUCCCCUCCUGAGAACAACACCACCGACCUUACCACCRGAAAGAAGAGCAUGACGGACUCCAACGCAAGCUCCGCCAUGGCCACCGACUCGCCCGCCACCAAGGUGGAACAGCUUAGAGAAGCCAGCAACAGCAAUGGCGAGAUUGAUGAGUCGCUGUACUCGCGCCAGUUGUACGUGCUGGGACACGAGGCCAUGAAGCGCAUGGGCUCAUCUCAUAUUCUUGUCGCUGGUCUACGGGGACUGGGUGUGGAAAUCGCAAAGAACAUUGCGUUGGCAGGUGUCAAGAGCCUGACCCUGUUCGACCCCAAACCCGCGGCCAUUCAAGAUCUCUCAUCACAAUUCUUCCUCCAUCCCGAGGACGUCGGCAAGGCGCGGGCUGACGUGACAGCACCACGAGUGUCGGAGCUCAACCCAUACACGCCUGUUGGCAUCCACCCCGCCAACGACCUCACCAGCGAUCUGGAACAGCUUAAGAAAUAUCAGGUCGUUGUGUUGACAGACACGCCGCUCAAGGAUCAACUCAAAAUCGCUGAAUUCUGUCACAACAACGGCAUUUUCAUCGUCAUCACCGAUACAUAUGGCCUGUUUGGCAACAUUUUCACCGACUUUGGCAAGAGCUUUACGUGCGGUGACCCAACUGGAGAAAAUCCACUCAGUGGGAUCGUGGCUGGUAUUGAUACAGAUGGUCUGGUGUCCGCGUUGGACGAGACUCGCCACGGUUUGGAAGAUGGAGACUUUGUCACAUUCACUGAGGUGGAGGGCAUGGACCAGUUGAAUGAUGGCACUCCACGCAAGAUCAGUGUCAAGGGGCCAUACACGUUUUCCAUUGGAGAUGUGUCCGGCAUGGGAGAAUACAAGCGUGGAGGACUGUACACACAAGUCAAGAUGCCAAAGAUCAUGGACUUUGAGCCUCUCAGUACGCAGCUCAAGAAGCCGGAGCUGCUGAUUGCCGACUUUGCCAAGUUUGACCGUCCUGCCCAGAUGCACGUCGGGUUCCAAGCUCUUCACGAAUUCGCAGACAGCCACAAUGGAGAGCUUCCGCGACCACACAACGACGCGGACGCUCAGGAGGUGCUGAAGUUGGCGCAAAAGAUUGCUGCAUCGCUGGAGGACAAGCCGGAGCUUGACGAGAAAGUUCUCAAGGAGCUCUCCUACCAGGCUCGGGGUGAUUUAUCUCCAAUGGCAGCCUUCUUCGGCGGUCUUGCGGCACAGGAAGUUCUCAAAUCGGUCUCCGGCAAAUUCCACCCCAUCAAGCAGUGGCUGUACUUUGAUUCCUUGGAGUCGCUUCCGACCUCCGUGAAGCGCAGUGAGGAGUUGUGCAAGCCGCUUGGUAGCCGCUAUGAUGGCCAGAUCAUGGUGUUUGGUAAGGAGUACCAGGAGAAGCUGUCCAAUGUGAAGCAAUUCCUGGUCGGUGCCGGUGCCAUUGGUUGCGAGAUGCUGAAGAACUGGGCGAUGAUCGGUCUCGCGACAGGACCCGAGGGCAGCAUUAGUGUGACGGACAACGAUCAGAUUGAGAAGAGCAACCUCAACAGACAAUUCCUCUUCCGGUCAAAGGACGUCGGCAAAGCCAAGAGCGAGUGUGCAUCACUUGCAGUUCAAGCCAUGAAUCCAGAUUUGAAGGGCAAGAUUGUCAUGAUGAAGGAUCGAGUUGGCCAAGACACCGAGCACGUAUUCAACGAGACUUUCUGGGAAGCAUUGGAUGGCGUGACGAACGCACUCGACAACGUUGACGCGCGCACCURCGUCGAUCGUCGUUGUGUCUUUUUCCACAAGCCUCUCCUUGACAGCGGUACUCUGGGAACCAAGGGCAACACACAGGUUGUCCUUCCUCGGCAAACGGAAUCAUACUCCAGCUCGCAGGAUCCCCCAGAGCAGUCGUUCCCAAUGUGCACCCUCCGCUCGUUCCCCAACCGCAUCGAACACACCAUUGCCUGGGCAAAGGAUCUCUUCCACACUUACUUUGCCGGCCCAGCCGACGUUGUCAACGCCUACCUCACCCAGAAAGACUACCUGGGAACUGCACUCAAGCAGUCGGGCAACGAGAAGCAAACCCUGGAGACGUUGCGCGAAUUUCUCGUGACCGACAAGCCAGAGUCAUUCGACGACUGCGUCGAGUGGGCGCGCAAGCAGUUUGAGAAGCAAUACAACAACGCGAUCCAGCAGCUGCUUUUCAACUUUCCCAAGGAUUCACAGACAUCCUCUGGUCAGCCAUUCUGGUCAGGACCCAAGCGUGCUCCAGACCCUCUCAAGUUUGACAUUAACAAUCCCACCCACUACUCAUUCAUCGUUUCGGGUGCAAAUCUUCAUGCCUUCAACUACGGUAUCAAGCCAUCUACCGAUCGCAACCACAUCAGUGCCGUUCUCGACAACAUGAUCAUCCCUGACUUCAAGCCCGACCCUGGUGUCAAGAUCCAGGCGGAUGAUAAGGAGCCCGACCCCAAUGCCAACAGCGGUAUGGAUGAUGACAAUGCAAAGUUGAGCCAGAUGGCCAAGUCGCUGCCUCAGCCACAGAGUCUCGGCUCGUUCCGCCUGGAGCCCGUGGAGUUUGAAAAGGACGACGACACCAAUUUCCACAUCGACUUCAUCACUGCAGCAUCGAACCUGCGCGCGGAGAACUACAAGAUCGUCACCGCUGACCGCCACAAGACCAAGUUCAUCGCCGGCAAGAUCAUCCCAGCCAUUGCCACCACCACGGCACUUGUCACUGGAUUGGUGAUUCUUGAGCUCUACAAGAUCGUCGACGGCAAGGAUGAUAUUGAGCAAUACAAGAACGGUUUCAUCAACCUUGCUCUGCCAUUCUUUGGUUUCAGCGAGCCGAUUGCCUCGCCCAAGGGCACCUACAAGGGCCACGAUGGCGAUGUCACCAUCGACAAGCUCUGGGAUCGAUUCGAAACCRAAGAUGUGACCCUUCAGCAAUUCAUUGACGACUUCCAGGCCAAGGGUCUCAGCAUCAGCAUGAUCUCCAGUGGCGUGAGCUUACUCUACGCAAGCUUCUACCCGGCAUCCAAGAACAAGGAGCGACUGCCCAUGAAGAUGUCUGCACUUGUCGAACACAUCUCGAGGAAGAAGAUUCCAGAGCACCAGAAGAAUGUGAUCUUCGAAAUUACCGCCGAGGAUACCACCGAAGAGGAUGUGGAAAUCCCAUACGUCAUGCUCAAGCUGGACAAGUAA